UUUUCCACUUUUCAUAAUCAAUAAUCUGAGUGUUUAUAGGCAGAAUUUGACAAUGUAGAGCACCAAAGCAUGAGACUCUGCCUCUGGGAAGGGAAAUGGAGAAAUCAACUAGUGGCAAAUCCCGCAACAAGUUUUGGUUCUUUUUCUUAGCCACUUCCUUUGGAUGGUUGCUAUGUUAUGCAUAUUUCACAGUUCUAAAGGCCGAUAACACUCUCUUCAUCUUUUUGGGCCAUAGUUUUGCCACCACUUCAAAGAUUCAUGGAGCUAGCCACUCUCAUAUGCCUCAUAAACACAUCCAUGUUAGAGAGCAAUUAGACUAUGCUAGGAACCCCAUUAGAAACAUGAAAAUCACAGAGCAGAAGAAAAAACAUGUAACAAAAUAUGGUCACCAAAAUGCAAAAAUCCAUCCUAAUCACAAGGUUAAACAUGUUGAUCGAUAUCCCAUCAAAGAAAGACAUUUUUCCAAACACAAAAUUGGUUCAAAAUCUGUGGUGGGUAAUAAACACAACAAUGGUGCUAGUGUUGGUAAGGAUCCAUGUUCCGGUCGCUACAUUUUCAUCCAUGAACUCCCUAGCAGAUUCAACAGGGACAUGGUGAAAAAUUGUCAUUCACUCAGUCCCUGGACAAACAUGUGUAACUUCACCGCAAACCUUGGUCUUGGUCCUGUUCUUUCGGAUUCUGGAAGCGCAUUUUUAUCAAAGGGGUGGUAUGCAACCCAUCAAUUCAUGUUAGAACUCAUUUUCCACAACAGAAUGAGAAACUACAAGUGCUUAACAAAAGAGUCAUCCAAGGCUUCUGCGAUUUUCGUGCCAUACUACGCUGGCCUCGAUGUUUCGCGUUACCUCUGGCUCUCCAAUGCUUCCAUGAGAGAUGCAGGUUCCAUUGAGCUUGUGAAAUGGCUGAGAGAAAAACCUGAAUGGCGAAGAAUGUGGGGGAGGGAUCACUUCAUGGUUGCAGGCAGAAUCACCUGGGAUUUCAGAAGACCCAAACGUGGUGAUUCUGAUCACGGUUGGGGAAACCAGCUUCUGAAUUUGCCAGAAACAAGAAACAUGACUGUGUUGGUGAUUGAGAAAAGUCCAUGGAACAACAACGAUUUUGCGAUUCCUUAUCCAACAUAUUUCCACCCUGCAAAAGCAGAACAAGUGUUUGAUUGGCAAAACAGAAUGAGGAAGAAUCAAAGAACGUUCUUGUUCUGUUUCGCCGGCGCGCCGCGUCCGGGGAAACAAGGCUCUAUACGAGGUAACAUAUUUGAGCAGUGUCGUGUUUCUGGGAAGAAAUGUAAGAUGCUUGAAUGUGAAGUGCGUGAAGAAAGCAAGUGUCAUCAACCAGGUUAUGUGAUGGGAGUGUUUCAAACUUGUGAUUUUUGCUUGCAGCCUUCAGGGGAUUCAUAUACCAGAAGGUCUAUUUUUGAUUCAAUGUUGGCAGGGUGUGUGCCUGUUUUCUUUCAUCCUGGUUCUGCUUAUGUUCAAUAUUUGUGGCAUUUCCCAAAGGAUUAUGCAAAAUACUCUGUGUUCAUAUCUGAGAACGAUGUUAAGGAUGGGAAGGUGAGCAUAGAGAGAGUAUUGAGCAGAAUUUCUAAGGGGAAGGUGGAAUCUAUGAGAGGUGAGGUUAUAAAGAUGAUCCCAGGAAUCUUAUAUGCUGACCCCAGAUUUAGAUUGAAUGGCAUUGAAGAUGCAUUUGAUGUGACAAUUAAGCGAGUCCUUGAAAGAGUAAAUAGAGUAAGGAGGGAGAUGAGGCAUGGAGUGGAUUCUAGUUUGAAUGUUGCAGAAGAAUUGACUUGGAAGUAUAGUUUGUCUAAGACAAUAGGUGAACAUAAAUGGGACAGUUUCUUUGUAAGAAAAGAAGGAUAAUGACCUUUUGCAUUUAUCUACAAGAUAGAGACACAAGGCUGUAACAUUGAUUGAUCAAGGAUGUCCAGCUCUUGCUUUAGGAAAUGAUACUUAUUUGAUCUUUAGUCAUGUCACAAUUUACAAUUAGCAUGUUAAUUUCUUUAGGUUCUAGUACAUCCGAACUCACUUUCUCUUGUAUCUUAUUUCAUCCAGUUUAUCACCCUCUUCC